AUGGCAAACCGCUGCGCCGGCCUCGACCCCACCUGGGCCCACCUCCCCACCCCGGCGCCGACCCACUACAACUGCUCGUCCUCCCCCGCCUGGCUCACCUCCGCCGCCGCCUUCGAGAACGAGGCGCUCACCUCCGCCCUCCGCGCCUCCAUGGCGCCCGCCCACGCCUACUCCGCCGCCGCCGCGUCCUUCUCCCAGGCCACCCCGUCCUCCUCGACGACCUCCUCCGCCUCCGAGCUCCUGUCCGCCUCCAGCGGCCACGACGCUCCUGCGCCGGCAGCGUCCAGCAGGCCCGGCGCCCGGGCCCUGGCGGGGGGACCUAGAGGGGGCCGCGUCACCAAGAACCGCAAGCCGCGGCCAUCGCGGCGCCCGCAGACCACCUACAUCACCGCCGACCCCGCCAACUUCUGCCGCAUGGUGCAGGAGAUCACCGGCCUCCCCGUCCCCGGCCCCUCCUCCUUCCCCACUGCCUCGGAGGCCGCCACCGUCGCGGCGCCCAACUGGACAGCCGCGCCCGCGUGCGUGCUCCCGACGCUGGACACGUCCGCUUUCCUGCUCGACCGCGCCGCCGCCGCGGUGCCGGCGCCGGAGGAAAAGAACCCGGCCGGCGGCGGGCAGGCGUCGACGACGACCGUGACGGACGCCGCCGCCGUGGCAGCUGCUGCGGCAGGGAACGACGACGACUCGUCGGCGCUGCUAGAGCUGGAGGCGCUGGUGUGCGGGGCGGCGGGCGAGUGCGGCUUCCCGACCCUGGAGAGCUGGGGGAUGAUCAUCUGA